AUGACUCCUCAGAGGUCUAAGAUGAGUUCCCUAAUGUUUAAGAUGAUGCUUGAAGUUAUGAAUCAUACCGAUAGUAGUUUACCUAUAGAUGAGCGUUUGAGUCAAAGUUCUUUGAUUACACUUCCUUGUGAGGACCUUCAGGCCAAGUCCCUCCCUUGUGAGGGCCUUCAGGCCAAGUCCCACCUUUGUGAGGGCCUUCAGGCCAAGUCCCACCCUUGUGAGGGCCUUCAGGCCAAGUCCCACCCUUGUGAGGGCCUUCAGGCCAAGUCCCUCCCUUGUGAGGGCCUUCAGGCCAAGUCCCACCCUUGUGAGGGGCUUCAGGCCAAGUCCCACUCUUGUAAGGGCCUUCAGGCCAAGUCCCUCCCUUGUGAGGGCCUUGAGGACAAGUCCCACCCUUGUGAGGGCCUUCAGGCCAAGUCCCACCCUUGUGAGGGCCUUGAGGACAAGUCCCACCCUUGUGAGGGCCUUCAGGCCAAGUCCCUCCCUUGUGAGGGCCUUGAGGACAAGUCCCACCCUUGUGAGGGCCUUCAGGCCAAGUCCCUCCCUUGUGAGGGCCUUGAGGACAAGUCCCACCCUUGUGAGGGCCUUCAGGCCAAGUCCCUCCCUUGUGAGGGCCUUGAGGACAAGUCCCACCCUUGUGAGGGCCUUGAGGACAAGUACAUUCCUGGUGAGGACCUUCAUCUGACUGUUCUCAUUUGA